AUGGGUGCUAGUCUGCUCGAAAAAUAUCCACAUCCUGGCUUUUCUAAACGUAUGUUCGUUCUGUCCGAUGGAUUAGCAAACGUUGGAUUGCGAAGUAAAGAAGAAAUCGUGAAAGCUGUUGGUAAAUACAAUGAAAAAGGUAUUAUCGUUGAUUCGUUUGGUGUUGGCGAAGAUUUCGAUGCAGAGAUUAUGAAAGGCAUUGCUACAGCUGGUCGUGGUCAAUUCUUUUUUCUUGAGUCAGCCGAAGUCAUUGUCGAUCUAAUGAACAAAGCAUUACAAAAUGUUUUUGAUGUUUGCGGAUCACAAGCACAAUUAAUUGUUCGCGGCCGUAACAAUGCUAUUGUAACCAAAAUCUGGGGUCACGAAAAUAUUGCCGUUGGUGCAAACCUUGGCGAUAUUCACUUUGAUAAUCUUCGCGUUAUUCUUUGUGAUUUUACAAUUUCGGGAAAUGGCCCAGAAGGCGCCGAAGUUCAUGCUCUCGAUUUUCAACUGAAAUAUAAUCUGCCGGAGGAUAUCGAAGGUGAGCCGGUCACUAUUGCUGGUCAGUUAUCGAUCAUAUUUGUCAAUGACGAAUCCCUUAUUCGAGAUAUUGAUCCUAAGGUUCGAAUGGCGCAUGCAACACAAGUUGCCGGAGAAAUGGAUGAUCGAAUCGUUGAAUUGAUGAAAAGCCAUCGACGUGAUGAUGCCAUUGCCUUACUCACCGAACAAAUCGAUCUUCUCAGACAAGUGGAACAUUUAGAUGAUGACAAGGGGAUGAUUGCAAUGUUAAUACGAAUGGCAGAAAACUUACAAAAACGAUUAAAAGAUAGAACAAUCAGUGAGAAAGCAGCUGCUCACAAAUGUGGUCACCAUGGUCACAUGAAAAAAUACCAUGAUACUAAAUACACAAAACACUACGAAGAAGACUGA